CGGACACAGCGGCCGAGGGAGGAGCUCCGAGCGCCCAGCGGCCCCGGCCCCCAUGAGCGGGCGGUGAGCGGCGAGUCGGCGGCCGCGGGAGCUUCCCGGCGCGGCGGGACCCAGCCAUGGACUGGCUCAUGGGGAAGUCCAAGGGAAAGCCAAAUGGUAAAAAGCCAGCACCGGAAGAGAAGAAACUUUACCUAGAGCCAGAAUACACAAAAUCCAGAAUUACUGACUUCGAAUUUAAGGAGCUAGUGAUGUUACCACGGGAAAUAGACCUCAACGAGUGGCUUGCCAGCAACACAACAACUUUCUUUCAUCACAUCAACUUGCAGUAUAGUACAAUCUCAGAAUUCUGUACAGGAGAGUCAUGUCAGACCAUGGCAGUGUGCAAUACACAGUACUACUGGUAUGAUGAGCGGGGAAAGAAGAUCAAGUGCACUGCUCCUCAGUACGUUGACUUUGUCAUGAGUUCGGUGCAGAAGCUAGUGACAGAUGAGGAUGUCUUUCCAACAAAAUACGGCAAGGAAUUCCCAAACUCAUUUGAGUCCCUAGUGAAGAAGAUCUGCAAGUACCUGUUCCAUGUGCUGGCCCAUAUCUACUCCUCACACUUUAAGGAGACUUUGGCACUGGAGCUGCACGGACAUUUAAACACACUCUACACACACUUUAUCCUAUUCAUCAGGGAGUUCAACCUCGUGGACCCUAAAGAGACCACCAUCAUGGAUGACCUCACUGAGGUCCUCUGCAGCAGCAGCGGGAGCAGCAGUAACGGGAGCGGCAACGGGAGCAGCAACAGCGCAGGAGCACAGAACCACGUGAAAGAGAGAUGAGCCCUCCUCCUGGACCCAAACUAACAUUAUAAACAAUAUAAUCUAUUGUGUGUGUGUGUAUGUAUAUGUUCAGAUAUACAUACGGCAUAUGCAGCGAUGAAAGCUGACCGCAGAGAUGCUGCCACGCAGGACGCGCAGUCGUUCGGGGCUGUACGGAGCUUUGGGUUAAUGCGCCAGCCGGCGAGAAGUUGCACCAAUUUUAUUUUAUUUUAUUUUCUGUCCACUCCUCCUUUUACCUAUUCAGAUGGAUGACGAGUGCUGUUUUUAGAGAAGAGCCAACCUUGAGAGUGGGGCCACUCUUGGUUGUUUUGGUUGGUUUUUAUUUUUGAUUGGUUAUUUUUCCCCCCCUUUUGUUUGGUUGGUUGGUUGGUUGGUUUUCUGUUUUCUUUCUUUGGUCUUGAGUGCAAGCCCUUUGGUCUUUCUAGGAUGGUGGUCCUGCCAUUUAAAAAGUAUCUAUUAUAUUAUAAGAAGUAACUUUUACUUUGAAGUGGCUUAAAACGUGGGUUUGUUUGGGUUUGUUUUUUUUUGGGGGGGUGGGGGUAGUUUUUUUGGUUUGGUUUUACAUAGACUGCCCCUUACCCUGCCAGAACCUCCCCCACUGAGUGCAUCUUGCCCUUUUGUUAGCUUGGAAUGGGAAGAAACUCCUGGCUUAACUAGAGUACCAACUCGAGGCUUGCUACGUGUUGAAAGUGGGCAAGAUUCUCCAGUUGUCCCAUCUACUCGGUCACAAGGUGUGAACGUGCAAGAGGAUCCACAAACCUUUCUGCUUAUUGCUCCUACAACAUAUAUACUUUUUUCUCUGCUCCCCUGCCUCUUCUUUUCCCAGGCACACCUGCACAGGUACCAGGAGUAGGAUCACUGCAGUCCAAAACCAUGUGCAGGAGUCACCACCGUUUGCUUUCCCUUGCCCAGAGGCCCGGGGAGGAGGGGAGAAGGGUAUAUCGAGUCAGUCACUGCCUGUGCUAGAAAGAUGGCUGUUGGCAUAAAAUUAUAUUGUUGGCUUAUUUUAGUUCAUCUGUUCUAUAAUAAUAAAAACAAAUCUAUCAGCCACAAGCUUCAUUUUCAUGUGUGCAGCGUCAGAAGUAACCAGACCACACCCCUAGAGCCUCCCUUCCACCACUGGAUGCUGCUGGCCCUGCUGGCAGCCAGCUCUAUAAAUAAUGGGUUGUUUUCCACCCUGUGAUCUUACUUUUAUAAUUAACUCCUUGCUUUUCCCAGUAGCCCUAGGAACAUCCUCCCCAGGGAAUAUGAAGAUAACCACCAUUUGGAGAGGGGCAGGUUUCCUGUUUGUGCACACAUCCAUUCUGCAAAUGCAGUGGGUUCCCGGGUAACUUGAAGCCAAUACCGUACCACAGCAUCUCUGGAUACAGUAUUAUAUCAGUACUGUAUCUGGACAGUCAUAUUCCUUUCUUUCCUUCAAGUUUCCACUGAAUUCUUGCAGUCAUUGUUUUCGGUUGGGGAAAUGCCAGAUUUUGCUUGCUCUUGUUCUUCUGUCAAAGCUGUGACAAUUGUUUACUACUGGUUUUGGUCAUUACCUGAGGCCUGUGAAUGCUUAAUAACUGAGCUGGCAUAAAUCUGAGAAGGUUUUCCAGAGUGAAGUCCAUACCUGUAGUAAAAGGCAGUAGAGAAGAGGAAGGUAGAACAAGUGCAAAGAAAAAAAGUGAAGGAAAAGCACAACCAUGGGGUGAAAAGCAAGAAAGAACAAAAAAAAAAAAAAAAAAAAAACCACCAGCAAGAAAAAAGCUUGUGAAGAAGAGUGCAAUAGCAACAAUCAAAAAUGGCAAGUGUGCAAGUGAGAAAAAGAAUAAAUCAUAAAACUGACAAAAAAACCAGAAGGGCAAAAAGGCAUGAGCACAGGAAAAGGGAAGAGGAGGAGUGAGGGCUAGGUGGAAGGAUUGAAAAUAACCUCAAAACUUGUGAUGCCUUUAUUGUUUUUUUCUGGAUUGUGGAUACUACAGUUUCACUGGCCUGCUCAGGUGAGUUGCUGUUAAUACAAUCAAGUGUUCAAGAGCACUCCUUCCCCACCCUGUCCUCCUGCUACAGCCUCUAUACCCAGACUAAUACUCCCAAUCAGUCCCCCUGCUGAUAGGAGCCUUUCCAUGACAAUUCCCUGCACUAAAGGCUGCAGGGAAAAGGAGAGGUCAGCAGAAGCAGUUGGAACAGUGGCAUUGGUAAGGCCCCUGUACUGCUUGCCCUGAGAACACAGUAAAGUUCAAGGUAAGAAACUGAGAGCAAGAAACAACCACUCAAACCAAGUGACUAAUUGUAAU